UGUCGUUUCGUUCGGUUGUCGUCAGUCAACGGUACCGCAUCCGCAUCCGUAUCUGCAGUCGCAAACGCAGACGCUUUUGAAUCCGAACCCGAAUCGGAAACGGUAUUUCAACCAGAAUCGUAUUCCUCGGAUUCCAUUAGACGCGCGUACGUGGUAUUGUUUGCGUUGGCCAAAUAGCUAAAAAUAGUAUUUUCGAUUGGCAAAUGGUUUAGUGGCAAAUGGUUGUUGUAAAUCAACUGCUGUGAGUGCUUUAUCCCUCUCUAUUGCCCAUCCAUGCCAUUUAUGCAGCUCCGCUGCCCACCGGAGGAGCUGCUGGUUUUGUGACGGCGACUGUGUGUCUGCCGCGUGGUCCCCUAAUUUAGUUAUGUUGCAAAAACGGAGAACGGCAGAGGGAAACAUGAAAAUCCGUUGUUAUGUUGUCUCGCUGCUCUAUUUAUAAAUUGAUUUGCUGAUUCCUGCCGACAUCUGACGCCCCAUCCAGCAGCCAGACAUUGCCACGGGAAGCGUAAAUAAAAGCCCAUCGCAAUUAAACAUUGAGCGAUUGCGAAAGCAAACAAAACAUGAACCUGAAUAUACAGUAAUGAUACAAAAUAUUUGUACGCUAUAAAUAAUUGAGAAUUCUUAAUUGAAAAGCUAAACAGCGGUAAAAAAAGUGGCACCAAACUACCAGCAAAAUGGCAUACCACCUCGAAGCUAUUUCUUCGUUUCUGUAUGUGGGUCUUGGGUGCCUCAUUGCCUCGUCGGUGGCACUAAGUACUGAUACUGGAAGUGAAGGCAACGCCGGUAACGUAGGUGGCUCAACACUAAAUAAUGUCAUCAGCGAAGAUCCCGAGUUCACGGAUGUGAUCGAGAAUAUUACUGUGCCCGCGGGGCGUAACGUAAAAUUGGCUUGCUCAGUCAAGAACCUGGGAUCCUAUAAGGUCGCGUGGAUGCACUUCGAGCAGUCGGCCAUUCUCACAGUUCACAACCACGUGAUAACGCGUAAUCCGAGGAUUAGUGUCACCCACGAUAAGCACGACAAGCACCGCACCUGGUUCCUGCAUAUCAACAAUGUCCAGGAGGAGGACAGGGGCCGAUACAUGUGCCAAAUCAAUACGGUCACGGCCAAGACCCAGUAUGGAUUUGUCAAAGUAGUGGUGCCGCCCAAUAUAGACGACGCCCUGACCUCCAGUGACAUCAUCGUGCGCGAGGGCGAUAACGUUACGCUGCGCUGCAAGGCGAAAGGUAGUCCGGAGCCGACCAUCAAGUGGAAACGCGAUGACGGCAAUAAAAUCGUUGUCAACAAGACGCUCGAGGUGCACGACUUGGAGACGGACUCCCUGGAGCUGGAGCGGAUUUCGCGAUUGCACAUGGGCGCCUAUCUGUGCAUCGCCUCGAAUGGAGUGCCGCCCAGUGUGUCCAAGCGCAUCAAAGUCAGCGUGGACUUUUCGCCAAUGGUCUGGAUACCACAUCAGUUGGUGGGCAUUCCCAUUGGAUUCAACAUCACCCUGGAGUGCUUCAUCGAGGCGAAUCCGACAUCACUUAACUAUUGGACGCGGGAAAACGAUCAAAUGAUCACUGAGUCAUCAAAGUACAAUACCGAAACCAUACCCGGCCAUCCGUCGUACAAGGCGACCAUGCGGCUCACGAUUACCAACGUUCAGAGCAGCGAUUACGGCAACUACAAGUGCGUCGCCAAAAAUCCUCGGGGCGACAUGGACGGCAACAUAAAGCUCUACAUGUCCAGUCCGCCGACAACACAACCGCCACCCACAACCACAACGCUGCGGCGGACGACAACAACCGCGGCGGAAAUCGCGCUGGACGGCUACAUCAACACGCCGCUGAAUGGCAUUGGCAUUGUGGGCGAAGGACCCACAAAUUCGGUGAUUGCGUCCGGCAAAUCGAGCAUUAAAUACCUAUCGAAUCUGAACGAGAUUGACAAGUCGAAGCAGAAGCUGACGGGCAGCAGCCCCAAGGGAUUCGACUGGUCCAAGGGCAAGAGCAGUGGGAGUCAUGGCAUCCUAGUGGCAUCCACUUGGCCCCUCACCUGCUGCAUCCUCGCGCUCCUCGCGCUGCUGGCGAGGCACUCUUGUGGUUGAGAAUUAUGAGCGAUUUCCAUUUUCCAUUUUAAUAAAGUGCCAUUACAAACUGUCGAAUUGAAAGGUGUACGAUGCCGAUGCAUACGAUUAGCCAUAACAACAGUGUAAUUAAUUAAGCGAAUUGCUAUUCGCAAACGUUAACGAAUUCAGGCUUUGGUUUUCCCCUAAACUCCCCCUCUGCAGCCCAUUAAUAUUUGAUUGCGUUCGGUGCCGAAAACCACAGCAUGUUAUUAGGCAAACAAAGGUACCAAAUUAAUGAACCUCGCAUAUUUGUUUACAACUCGUUCGGCAGCACUCUUAAAUAUUUUCUACACAUUCGGUUGGUUCAAAACUACUAUCAGUUUACAUCUAUCGGCGAGGGUAUGCGACAUAAUGUUGCAAAAAGCAUUUCAGCAGAGCCAAAGCAAAGCAAAAGCAAAAUACAUAAAUCCCGGUUAGUUAGAAAUAAAACCAAUUAAUUUACAUAAACAAGUGGAAAAAAUAUACCCUUCAAACGAUGCCAAAUUGUUAAAAAAAGCGCACUCACCUGCAAGCAAACUGUAAAUAAACGCGUAUAUGCAUGGAUAAAACCCAAAUGCAAUUGUAAAUUAUGUACUCGUUAUAGGCAUUAGAAAUGGAUGUUCAUUUGUACGAGAGUAGGCAUCAAACCAUUUAAAAACUAGAUACUUGACAGGAAAAAGAAAGGCUUAAAUACUCUAAAGAAACCAGGCACCUAAAAUGCAUUAAUCAAAAACCAUUAACCUAAAUAAGUAAAUAAGCAAAUAUGAGAUACGAAUAUUCACGAUUGAAGCGACAACUGUUGAUACAUAAUUUAGUUAGCUGAUCAGUUUUAAUAAGGGUUUACAUUUGAGAAAUAAUCGAGUUGCCAUAAAGCCAAAUCCAAAUAUGUAAGUUCUAAACUACUCAUACAGAAAUAUAUAUAUAUUUAAAUACCUACAUAUAUCAUAGGCCUUAGUUUGUGUUUCUUAACGAUAAGAGUGAUAAUGUAUAUUUAUUAACUUGCUCCCCGAGCGGAACAAACAGGCACUGCGAAAGAAACAAAUAAAAUAUCUAUGU